AUGCCUCAAUUUCGCCAGGAAGAUAUUCCUGAACUCAAAGACCAAAUCAUCAUCGUCACCGGCGGAAACGCAGGACUGGGGUUCGAAACGGUGAAGCAGCUCGCAUCCCGCAAUGCCGCCCGCAUCUACCUCGCCGCCAGGUCGCAAGAGAAAGCCGAGCAAGCCAUCAAGGACAUCCAGACGGCAAACCCCGCCGCAAAGAAUAUCAGCUUCCUCAAGCUCGACCUCGCAUCCCUCAAGAGCGUGAAAGCCGCCGCUUCCGCCUUCCUCUCCCAAGAAACCCGCCUCGACAUCCUCGUCAACAACGCAGGUAUCAUGAUGACCGCAGAGGGCCUCACGAAAGACGGCUACGAGAUCCAAUUCGGCACCAACGUCGUCGGCCCCGCGCUCUUCACCCAGCUGCUCCUCCCCACCAUGCGCGAGACCUCCGAAGUCAACCGCGAAACACGCGUCGUGAUGCUCGGAUCUGCAUCCCACUCUAUGGCGCCGAGCAACGUUUACAACUUUGCCGAAUUCCGCACCACGAUGCCCGACCGCGCGACGACGCAGCGCUACACGAUUUCCAAACUGGCUGAUUUGCACUACGCCAAGGCCCUGGCGGAGAGAGAGCAGAGUGUCAAGAUUAUCCCCGUGCACCCCGGCAUGGUCGCGACGAACCUCCAUCACGCCUCGGCGGGGUUCUUCCUGCGCCCGUUUCUGUAUGCAGCCAUUGCUUUCGCUACGCCUGUUGAGAAGGGCGCGCUGUCCCAGAUCUGGGCGGCUGUCAGCCCGGAAGCGAAGAGUGGGCAGUACUACGGCCCGGUUGGGAAGGCGGAGUCGGGAUCUAAGGCGAGCCAGAACCGCGAGCUUCAGGAGGCGUUGUUUGCGUAUAUUCAGACGGAGUUGGAAGGUCAUGUUGAGAAGAUGGCGUAG